CCUCUUUUUAGGGCGUUUUAUUUUCAGAAACGAAGGGUGUCGACGCGCCGUUGAAGUGUGGCGACAGCGGAAAAAGAAGCUUCCGUCUCCGCCGUUGUCGUUAUUUUUAGUGGCAUGAAGAUCGAUAUUCCACCAUUCGCGUAUUGAUCCGAGGACAUGGGGAAGCUGAGCGGGUUGUGCGUGCUGCUGAUAGCGGCGCUGAGCGGAGCCCUGGCCGCCGGAGAUAGUGUGACCCAAGUCAACUUCACGGAUGGCCACUCGCUAACGUUGAACGUCACGCCCUCUCAAACCGAGCCGAUCACAAACAUCCUGUGGAAGUUUAAUGGAAACCUUCUGGCCGAGUGGGUCCUGAACCAGGUCCCCCUGGAGCUGUUCGGCACCUUUAAAGAACGCGCCACCCUGGACACGCGGAACGCGCGCCUGGUCGUCAACAGCAUGACGAAGGCGGACACGGGCGCGUAUACGGUGGAGAUAAACAGCAAGGUGCACGCGGAGAGCUACGACGCGAGGUGGUUCAGGCGGCUCGGUACGCCCGAGGUGGUGAUCCGACCGUUGACGUGCUCCGCGGGUUCGAAGACGUGCAACGCGAGCUGCGAGGCGGACACCGACGAGGCGGAGCCCGUCACCUACAGCUGGAAGAUGGGUGACAAUCCGUGGAUGGUGUCGAAGAAGGUCACGGAAAUCAACCAGGUUAAGAAUGUCAACGAUGAGUGCAUCACGUGCCGGAUAUCUAACCCAGUCGGUGUACAAGUUAGUGCACCCAUUAAGAACCCGUUCUAUGUGCACCCCACACCGUGGUGGAUUAUUAUUAUUGUGGUGGUGCUGGUGGUGGUGGUGCUGGUGCUGGUGCUGGUGUUCCUGUGGAAACGGAAGAAAAAUGGAGACGCCAACAAAAUUGUCUCAACGACCCCGCCUCCUCGGGAAAGCCCUUCAGGUCCGCCAUCCGAGGAGCAUCCACUGAAAGAGAGAGACGACAACGGAGCUCCAGCAACAUGUUAAUUUGAAUGCACUUGUUGCAUUACAUUACAUUUAGCUGACGCUUUUAUCCAAAGCGACUUAGAAUCGUGUUACAUGCAUACACUGUAGAACAGCUACAGGGAACACUUCAGGGUUA